AUGUGGAAAUAUCCAUCGUUGAUAUGGCCGGCAAAAGCUGGUAUCAGCAAUCUGCCACCUUCUCCGGCGAUCGUCUGCCGAUCAGUCACAAAACCUGUUUAUAUCCUGGGGACCGGGCUUUCUCAUGACGGCUCUGCCUGUAUCCUGAAGGAUGGGCGCAUUGCCGUGGCCAUUGAGAAGGAACGACUGACCCGUAUCAAACAUGAUGGUGGCAAUGAUGCUGCAGCUGUUCAAUAUUGCCUCGAUGCCUUAAACAUACCACUCACCGACCUGGACCUGAUUGUGCAGGUAGCCAAUUUUGAGAAAGAGAUCAGUCCGCAACACUAUGCCGGGAAGCGGUUGUACCACGCUGAUGUGCCGGUGGUCACCAUCUCCCAUCACCUGGCCCAUGCCUGGAGCGCCAUAGCCACCAGCCCUUUCCAGGCGACCAAUGUAUUGGUGAUUGAUGGUGCGGGCAGCCCGGCAGCCCAGUGCGAUGACUGGCCGGACGAAGCCACCCGCCAAUACUGGUGCUCGCUGCCAGGCUUCUAUUGUGAGAAAGAUAAAUGCAGGCUUUUUGAUCAAUCUGCCGGUGGUCUGAAAAUGCCUACUACUUAUCAUUCAAUCGGAGGUAUUUAUGCUGCUGCCAGUCAUUAUUGUUUUGGCAAUCUUGACGACGUUGGCAAGUUAAUGGGCCUGGCCCCUUACGGGCACGAUCCCUAUACACACAUUCCUAUCUUUUCCCUGGAAGGUGGCACCGUGCAGGUACGCCACGAAAACAUGGCGGUGCUGCGAAGCCCGGCGGCUGAUUAUCCGGCGUUCAAAGCCAAUUUUCAACAUUAUGCGGAUGUAGCCCGGUGGGUACAAAAAGAAACCGAACGUGCGGUUCUUUACAUAGCCGGCUGCCGGAUGAAAUUAUCUCCUCAUGAAAACUUAUGUUAUGCAGGCGGUGUAGCAUUAAAUGCCGUCUGCAACCAACAAUUGCUCCUUAAUAAAGUAGCUAACAACCUGUACCUGCAACCGGCUGCCGGCGACAAUGAUGGAACUAUUUCAAUAGACAAAGACAAGCUGAAAUACCCCGGAGACCUGUUGCAUGAAGCCGGCCAUAUCGCGGUUGUUCCGUUUGCCGAACGUAAGACAUUGAAUGCGGAAACGCUUGGUAAAAGAGACAAUCAUCCUGCGGAGGAAAUGAUGGCAAUGGCGUGGUCAUAUGCCGCUUGCGUACACCUGCAUCUUAAUGCGCGGAUCGUUUUCCAUAAAGACGGGUAUCAAGGCGGUAGUGACAAUCUGCUCCAAAGUCUUACGUCGUCGUCUACGCCUAUCGGCUCGCCGAUGCUGCAAUACGUAGGCAUGAGCAUGAAUACGGCCUUUGCAAAAGAAAACGGCAUCCCGCCGUACCCUCAUAUGAUCCGGUGGACGCGGGAAUAA